CUAGGAGAGCCACCAUUUUGAAUGUCUGGUCUGUUCCUCCCUCCGUCGCAAAUAGAGAAGAUUCCAGCUAUUUUCUGGUAUCAAUACGGUUGAGGAUGCCAGCGCCGAUCAGACUGCGGGAGCUGAUCCGGACCAUCCGGACGGCUCGGACCCAGGCAGAGGAGCGUGAGAUGAUCCAGAAAGAGUGUGCUGCUAUACGCUCGUCCUUCAGAGAGGAAGACAACACUUACCGCUGUAGAAAUGUGGCUAAGCUACUCUACAUGCACAUGCUGGGCUACCCAGCGCACUUUGGGCAGCUGGAGUGCCUGAAGUUGAUUGCGUCCCAGAAGUUCACUGACAAACGGAUAGGGUACUUGGGAGCCAUGCUACUGUUGGACGAGAGGCAGGACGUCCAUCUACUAAUGACAAACUGCAUCAAGAAUGAUCUGAAUCACAGCACACAGUAUGUCCAGGGCCUGGCCUUGUGCACCCUGGGCUGCAUGGGCUCCUCGGAGAUGUGUCGAGAUCUGGCUGGAGAGGUGGAGAAGCUGCUCAAAACCUCCAACUCCUACCUGAGGAAAAAGGCGGCGUUGUGUGCAGUCCACGUCAUCAGGAAAGUCCCAGAGUUGAUGGAGAUGUUCCUCCCAGCCACAAAAAACCUGCUGAGCGAGAAGAACCACGGUGUUCUCCACACUUCUGUUGUCCUCCUCACUGAAAUGUGUGAAAGAAGUCCUGACAUGCUCUUACACUUCAGAAAGUUGGUUCCACAGCUGGUGAGAAUCCUGAAGAACCUGAUCAUGUCUGGUUACUCUCCUGAGCAUGACGUGUCUGGCAUCAGUGACCCCUUCCUGCAGGUGCGGAUAUUGAGACUAUUGCGAAUUCUGGGCAGGAGUGAUGAUGACUCAAGUGAAGCAAUGAAUGACAUUCUUGCACAGGUGGCAACCAACACCGAGACAAGUAAAAAUGUAGGCAAUGCAAUCCUCUACGAGACAGUACUGACCAUAAUGGACAUCAAGUCAGAAAGUGGAUUGAGGGUGUUGGCUAUCAACAUACUGGGGCGCUUCCUUCUCAACAAUGACAAAAAUAUUAGAUAUGUGGCACUGACGUCCCUACUGAAGACUGUACAGACGGACCACAAUGCAGUGCAGAGGCAUCGGAGCACCAUUGUGGACUGUCUAAAAGACCUGGAUGUGUCCAUCAAGAGGCGUGCGAUGGAGCUGAGCUUCGCCCUGGUGAAUGGGAACAACAUCCGAGGCAUGAUGAAGGAGCUGCUCUACUUCCUGGACUCCUGUGACCCAGAAUUCAAAGCGGACUGUGCGUCCGGAGUCUUCCUGGCUGCAGAGAAGUAUGCGCCUUCAAAAAGAUGGCACAUUGACACCAUCAUGAGAGUCCUGACAACGGCCGGGAGCUAUGUCCGAGAUGACUCUGUCCCCAACCUCAUCCAGCUCAUCACCAACAGUGUGGAGAUGCAUGCCUACACUGUGCAGAGACUCUACAAAGCCCUGCUGGAUGACAUCUCACAGCAACCACUGGUCCAGGUGUCAUCCUGGUGUAUAGGGGAGUAUGGAGACCUGCUGGUAUCUGGACAGUGUGAGGAGGAGGAGCCCAUCCAGGUGACAGAGGAUGAAGUCCUGGAUGUUUUGGAAGGUCUUCUUGUGUCCAACUUGUCCACCCCUGUAACCCGUGGUUACUCCCUCACUGCCAUCAUGAAGCUGUCUACUCGCUUCAGCAGUGUCAACCGAAUCAAGAAGGUGGUGUCAAUAUACGGCAGCAGCAUCGACGUGGAACUGCAACAGAGAGCUGUGGAGUACAAUGCACUUUUCAAGAAAUAUGAUCACAUGAGGCCUGCGUUACUGGAGCGAAUGCCCAUCAUGGAGAAAACGGCCUCCAAUGGCCCUACAGAGAUCAUGCAGACCAAUGGGGAGACAGAGCCCUCGGUGCCUGACACAAAACACCUGCCCCUAGUCACCCAGCCAGCCAACCAGGCUCUUGACUUGUUAGACCUGCUGGGAGGUAAUGAUGUGGUAGCUGUGAUCCAAACCACCCUGCCCACCAAGCCUGUCUCAGCUGGAGGAGAGCUGCUCGACCUACUGGGGGACCUCUCACUGUCUGGUGGUCUAGCUCCUGCUCCCUCUGUGCCCGUCUCCCAGCCCCCCUUCCUCCUGGAUGGCCUCUCCUCACAGCCCCUGUUUAAUGAUACUUCAGCAGCUAUUCCCCCCAUGACAGCAUAUGGCAAGAAUGGCCUGAAAAUAGAGUUCACCUUUGAGAGGGCCAACCCGAAUCCGAACAUAGCAGUCAUCACUAUCCACGCCACCAACGCCACCGAGGCUGACAUGACCGAGUUUGUUUUCCAGGCUGCAGUACCAAAGACAUUCCAGCUGCAGCUCUUGUCCCCUAGCAGUAAUAUUGUCCCAGCACUCAACCAGGGAAGCGUCACACAGGUCAUCAGAGUUCUCAACCCACAGAAGCAACAACUCCGCAUGAGGGUCAAGCUGACGUACACCCACAAAGGCUCACCUGUCCAAGACCUGGCCGAGGUCAACAACUUUCCUCCUCAGUCCUGGCAAUGAUGACCGUGCCCUCUCGCUCUUAAAGACCUCGCCAAGGGAACUAUGGGAAAGAUUCUCCCCUCCCCCUUUACCCCGACUGAUCCCCCUGUGACAUCACUGCAGACUGCUGCCCUGGGGUUGCAUGGGAAGCAGCGAAAUGGCAAACACACAAAAAAAGAUGGUAUGAAGACCAUGAUGACGACAACCGCAACAAUGACUGCAACGACGAUAGACAUCACCAGAAAUAUGUGAAAACAUAUGAAUUUACUAACCCUUCUUUUCCUUGAUUGGUUUCACCACAAUCUGUUUGCUUUGCAGUUGCCAUUCUUUCCAUCUCCUUGCCCUCUCAAUGCACGUAUGCCCACAUUGCACUCUCUGUGGUACGCCCACCCAUCUAAGCCGCCAUAGAAAAUAGCUGUUGGCUAUGCACUUGUUUAAUAAGCAGUCUGUUUUUUUUUUUCUUCAUGUUUUUAAUCUUACAGGAAUUUAACAUGGGUAUUUUUUUCCCCUAUUUUCAAGCCUGAAUGAGAUGCAACUUAAUUAACUCUAUGAAAUUUGCACACUCCAUUCACCACUUUCCCAAUUGGGUUUGAAAACUUGGAGUACUUCGGCUCUCAGUAUUUAAUCUAGUUUGGUCUCCAAAGUGACUAUAACACAUUCUGUUCUAUUGAUCUCCAGCUCUAUACUUCAAAUGCAAGGUCUUCAGUUGCAAUACAAAGGUUAAUCUCUCGUGGACAGAUUCUGGGUGUAAACCGAAGAAUCUGUCGGGACGGGAUGGAAUGCGUAGAAUCAGUUUUCGUCACUGAUUAUCUGGAUGUAUCAGGAUUGGCCGAAGGUGGUGCUUAAACUUCGACUGCUUCACUUGUGUGGGGAAAUUGGUGGAAGUGGGGGGGCUUUGGCUAAGAGUUUCGUUUUGGGAAGGUAGAGACUUCGCAAACCGGAACUCACAAUUUCUAAUACGUAUGGACCCACAACUACAUCACGCAGCUGACCAAAUUAUGUGAGAUUUUAGUUCUGGGGUAACUGAGAUUAUUAUACAAACUUUCACAUUACAUUUACAUUUAAGUCAUUUAGCAGACGCUCUUAUCCAGAGCGACUUACAAAUUGGUGCGUUCACCUUAUGACAUCCAUAAACUUUGGCAGCAGAAAGGUUUUAAAGACCCAGAGCACUCAUUCAUUUUGGGGGAAACUUGACCCUCCAUCUCAUGAGUGAUUUAAAAGGCAAAAGAUGUGCGGAGUCAUUGAAUUCCAUCAGUUUGAUAGUUGUUUGAAUCCCAUUCACAUUGGUUGGCCAGAGAGGCCUUUCAGCAGGGUUGAGAUACUGUAAAUGGAUAAAGUGCAUAUUUCGAAGGCUGGAGUGUGUUCGUUUGUCAUGGGCUGGUAAACACACAGUAUGGUUCUAUUUUCUUUAGUUUGGUCAGCAGUUUGGUAGCCAUAGUAUCUUGAAAAAGUUUAUUUUCUGAGGUGGAAUCUAGAGGAUGGACAUAUCUGCUUUGUUUGGCUUCCCUGUAUAGCACUGUUUCCUCCACAUAGAUGGGCACUAUUUACAGUUUAUUCAAGCCAUCUUGUUAAAUUCAACAGUUAAUUGAUUCGAUCAAGCUGAGGUUAUUGAAGCAAUAUGGAUAUUGUAUAUCAGUGCAGGUCUGAGAUCUUAGUUAUAGGCAAAUCCUUAAACAGAGAUUCAUUGAAUAUUAACUUUGUAAGUAUUUGAUUCUUCCACGCAUCUGAACAAACAGCCUGAAAUGUAAGAUUCACAGCUUUGGGACGUCAAAACGUCUCUCUUUCUAGACUAUUAACCUGGCUGGACAUAGCCGGCCUAGAGACGACACGUACGUACAUGUACAUUAAGUCUAUUUUGAAUGUAGUUAUAUGCACUGAAUUCUUUUUCUUUGCAGUCUUUUUCUGUGGCUCUCCUCUCUGAGGGCGCUGGCCAUUUUGUUGGCACUAUUUUUGUGGUAUUAUGAUAUUGUUUUUUUUUGCAGUGAUUUGACUUAAACAAUAUUGCCUGAUAUCAAAAUGAUGUGCCUUUUGACAUAACUAGAUGGGAAGUCCCUAAACUGGUCUCAUCUGAUCUGUGUGAAGAGGGUUUGAGUGUCAGGGAGUGCUUAUUGUGGGUAAUAUCCUGAAUAGAGAGCAGGCAAGACGGACAGGCUGGAUGGAAGGAAGGAGUGGAAGAAGAAUGUGACCUUUUAUUUGAAAGACAUCUCACUCUGAUUUUCUGGCAUUUAGAGUGGAAAUGAUGUAGUCGGAUAUCAGUGUAGCUUGGUGUGAUUCCUUGGCUGUCAUACUUCUCCAAAUCAGAAUCCCGACCAAGCUGUCGGAAACAUUAACCUGAAUACCUCACAAUGUUUUCUUUUCCUGUUAACUAUCAACAAUACAGUACCUGGAUAGCUGUAUUUAGUCUUCUGUAUGAUCUGCAAUCAAGUGGGCACCUGUAGGACAUCUCAUUACUAACACGCUUAGCUGCCCCAUGAUGCUGUAUGUGUUCAGACCUUCAGAUGUUCAAUCGCACUAUAUGCUUAUUGAUAUUCACUAUGCUACACUAUCAAACAUUUGUGACCAAAUCGGAGAUGCAAUUAGCUUUGGAAAUAUUUUUGAGCAAUGAUAUGUGUAUAUGGAGAAAAUGAUUUCAUUCUAUUAGUUAACUUUUUUCUGUUUUUGACAAUGCUAUAUUGGCGUUUUCUGUAUAUAUUGAGGGCUUUUAAGAUUUGUCAAAUAUCCUUUCUUUCAUCCCUUUUUUUUUUUUAGAUACCAACCAUUUUCUAAGACUUCCAAUUACUCACGGUGUAUAUUGUCUUAAUAGAUCUUAGUCAACAAUAUGGUCUAAAGAAAAGACUUCCCUAUUUCAUCAGUCAUCGCAAAAUAUGUGUAAUCGGCUGCCUGUACAUUGUAUAUUAUUGUAAACCGAAACAACAAAAGAUGUUUAAAUGAAAUAAAACCUCAUUUGAAUACGUAUACAGAUUAGCUAAGGACUAUAAUUGUAUACAUAUAUGUAAAAAAGAAUCCUCUUGAAACGAUGCAAAUGAGCUGCAUUCUCUUCAUAAUGUUGAGAUUUGGACGUAUCUUCUAUUUUCUGAUGAUUUAGUGGGUGAGUAGGUUGCUGCUGUUGGUUUCUUAUAAUGUCCUCUUAAGGUUUGGUUGGGCAGAACUGGUGUUGUCUAUGAGUGAUGUACUGUACUACUGAGAGGUCUGUGAGCUGUGCACAGUGACCGAGGUGGCACCUUGUCGGUAUUCGGGGUCCUCAGAAAGGCCUAAUCUAUUUUCAUAUGCUCCUUAAGAGGAGUAGGCCUCUUGCUAAGACGCUGUAAUGCCUCCUUUGGCCUGUAAUGUGCUUUAUCGUUUUUUUCUUUCCCAGCAAAAGUAAUUGGAGAAAAUGUAUGGUGUCAGACAUGAAAGCUAAUUAAUGGAUGGAUGACCUACCUACAGUGCACAUGGUCCUUCUGAGAGCGAUUCUCAUUGUUGGUCUCCUAUUCGCAGGUCAUUUUUUUCUUUUUUUCCAGUCCUAUAGAUUCUCUCCCCCAUCUGACAUCUCACCUCCCCAUGUUAAUUGUAUUGGAUUUCAGAGACAUGAGAAUGGGCCCAGAGAUUCUCUGAAGUGUUGGUCUUUUUUUUUUUACCCUUGUGAUGCUGUUGCACAUACCUUUUUAUUGUAAGGUGGAGAUUGAAUGUCCUGAGUAUUAUCAGGCUAUGAGAGGUUUAAUCUGUGUGUGGUGUAUAUGAGUCAUUAAGUAGUUAAGUGCUUGUCUUCUCUUGGGGUUGACAGAUACAAGGUGCUCUUGGCUGCCUGUCAUCAUCCACUCUAUUACUGGGUCUGUUCAUCGCUCCUGAUGACUGCAUUAAGGAACCCGUCUUAUGGACUGGUUUGUGGAGAGAGCAGAGACUAGGCCUGGUUCUGUUACAGGGAACCGGCCAGCGGGGUAGUUGAUGUUCAGGCUCUCUAAGAUGAAAUGUGGUCCUUUCUAUUUAUUGAAAUACAUUUAAAAAAUCAGGACUGAAGUGUGAGGCUGAUCUCUGCUGUGUGUAUGGCCUUUUGGUGUCUACAUUUUUUUUUCAGAAGACCUGUGAUCUUAAUGCAGUGCUGCUUAACCUGUCAUUGUGAUAUGACACAACUAUAACACUGAGCUAAAGCUGCAUGUUAGCUGUGCUGUGAGCUCAUUUCCACAAGGGGGAGCUGGUCAAGAUAUAUAAGGCUAUAGGGAAAGGAAAGACAUCUCAUACUUGUACCUUGUCUUGAAUGUUUUUUGUUUUUAUCGGUUCGAUUCCGUCACCGUGACCCUCUGUCAAUCAUGUUUGACCAGUUAACUCUUUUAAGGAUACAGUGCCCCGUAUAGUUUUAAAUGAGAAAUGCUUAUGAAGGUGAAAUUCCAUUGGUUUGGACACUGCAUCUUAAAAAAGGACAUUUGUAAAGAAAAUAACCCCUCAGAGGUCUGAGCAGCUUUUGAAGCGUUUCGUUUGUGUAAUCAGCCAGUAUACGUGUGUGUAAAUAUCUCAGUGCGUUGGCAUGUCUUGCUACAGUCACCAGGUAGGACAUGAAAUUCGCUGCAAUGAUUUCAAUUCACAACUUCUGAGCUGCAUGUGAGAGCCAAUGUAAAUAGUGUCAUUUCUACUCUUUAUGUAAUCCUCUUUUUGGAAAUGCAAGAAAAGUUCACAUUUUUUCAACAAAUUCAACACACCACCUUGUUGGGUUGAACAUUUGAAAAUGUAUUUUUUUUGUUUUUUUGGAAGUGGUUAAAAGUGCACACCACUCAUUUGGAUGUAAUUGUUUUUUACUUCUAUAUUUGGCCAGGUGACUUCUGUGUGUAAAGGGGUUUGAAGGCGCAUCUGACUUUAGCCACUAUUAUCCCUUUCCCUGUGAAAUCAUAAAGCGUCCAUUGUACUUUCGAAAGAGAAUCUGAAUAUGUAACCCUCAGAUUUAUCCCGACUAUACAACAACAUAUCUGAUUUGAGAAGGUGAGGGGGGGAAAAAACAUUUUUUGAAAUUCACUUUUCCAGACAGGUUUAACAUUUUGAACUGAAUCAGAGUCCCGUGUCUUCAAGGUGGGUGUGAAUGGACUGAAGAUAUGAUUAAAGCUGAGAGGCUGUAAACUAUAUUUUAGACUUAUGCUGUGUAUUAUUGUCUUUGGGUUGGAGGAAAUGAUGAUCAAGAGUAUAAAUAAAAAGUCAAACAAAA